AGCUCAAUCCCACCUCCAUGUUCCGGCUGCCUCCAGGAAGCGUCCGCUGGAGGUGUCCGCCCGCUCACAGCCAACGGACCGCUGUCUGCGGAAUCCGCAGUGCGCUAGGCCCCUUCCGAAGCCGCACGCAAGGGGACGCCUGCCUCGUGAGUACUGAAUGAAGGCAGGCGGCGUGGCCGCUCACCCAGGCCUGGGCUGCGGGGCAAGGACAGCGCCCCCGGCGUAGGCGCCGCGCAGUUUCUGCGCUCGCUGCGCCCCCGGCUCACGUCCUGCCCGACGACGUGACCGCGUGCACGUGUUCUGGUCUCCAGGUGCUGCCGCCAGAACUCUCCUCCCAGCGCCCCAGGCCAAUGCAGGUCUAGAUCCGGGCUCCGCCGCCUCCUCGGCGUGCGGAGCAGGCCCACGCAACCUUCGCCAUGAACCCCAGGGGCCUGUUCCAGGACUUCAACCCCAGUAAGUUCCUCAUCUAUGCCUGCCUGUUGCUCUUCUCUGUCCUGCUGCCCCUGCGCCUGGACCGCAUCAUCCAGUGGAGCUACUGGGCGGUCUUCGCCCCAAUCUGGCUGUGGAAGCUCCUAGUCGUCGUGGGCGCCUCCGUGGGUGCGGGCGUUUGGGCACGUAACCCUCGCUACCGCACUGAGGGAGAAGCCUGUGUGGAGUUCAAAGCCAUGCUGAUCGCCGUGGGCAUCCACCUGCUGCUGCUCAUGUUUGAGAUCCUGGUCUGCGACAGGGUGGAGAGAGGGACCCAUUUCUGGCUGCUGGUCUUCAUGCCACUCUUCUUCGUUUCCCCGGUGUCCGUGGCUGCCUGUGUCUGGGGCUUCCGACAUGAUAGGUCGCUGGAGCUGGAGAUCUUGUGCUCUGUCAACAUUUUGCAGUUCAUCUUCAUCGCUCUGAGACUGGAUAGGAUCAUCCACUGGCCUUGGCUAGUGGUGUUCGUACCCCUGUGGAUCCUCAUGUCUUUCCUCUGCCUGGUGGUUCUCUAUUACAUCGUGUGGUCCCUCCUGUUCCUGCGGUCCCUGGAUGUGGUUGCUGAGCAGAGAAGAACACAUGUGUCUAUGGCCAUCAGCUGGAUCACGAUUGUCGUACCACUCCUCACUUUCGAGGUCCUGCUGGUUCACAGAUUGGAUGGCCACAAUACAUUCUCUUACAUUUCCAUAUUUGUUCCCGUUUGGCUCUCCUUGCUGACUUUGAUGGCGACCACGUUUAGGCGGAAAGGGGGCAAUCAUUGGUGGUUUGGUAUUCGCAGGGAUUUCUGUCAGUUUCUACUUGAAGUCUUCCCAUUUUUAAGAGAAUAUGGGAAUAUCUCUUACGAUCUCCAUCACGAAGAUAGUGAAGAUGCCGAGGAAGCAUCGGUUCCAGAAGCUCCGAAGAUUGCUCCAAUGUUUGGAAAAAAGACCAGAGUAGUUAUAACACAGAGCCCUGGAAAAUACGUUCCUCCACCUCCCAAGUUAAAUAUUGAUAUGCCAGACUAAACUCUUCCAGGCAGAGCCUUGUAGUGAAAUAGAAAUCAUAUACAUGUAUAAAUUCCACCUUGCUUUUUUCAUCCAGCCCUGGAAUUGGAACCUGAGUCCUCCUUAUUUCACAGCUUAUUUGAGAUGGAAGCCUCUUGGAGUGGUCAGUGUGUACCACAGACAGCGAAAGGAGGGAGGUUUAUGGGGCGGGGGGCGGUGCGCAAGUCCAUACGUUGUGUGAGAGAAUUCCUCCUUUCCAGGUUGGUGUCUUGAGUUAACUGAGGGCAGUAAAUCGAAUUGUUUUUAGGCCUUCACAAGGCCUCAAAACUACACCGCUGUUUGUUUUUAAGUGCUACUAUGCCUACCAAAAGUAUUAAGUAUUUUUAUAUGCUGCUAGUUCUCAAAUUGUAUUUUAGAUUGUGCCCAUUGUGACAUAAGGGCAAAUGUACCAAAUUCUCUCCCAGCACUAGUUUAUAAACCUCAUAGUUGGUAUUUCUAGUGUUCUUACUGUUCAGAUAGUUUUUUUUUCCCCUUUGGGCUUUUCUGAUACUGGUCUUUAAUAUUCUAAUAGAUGAAUUUUUCUAAUGGAGUGAAUGCAUAUAUUAGUAUUUAUAUAAAUAUUUUAGCAGUGUUAUCUAUGUUGAACUGUAGUUUUUGGCAGUACAAAUGUAUUAUGUUAAAGUAUUUUUUAAAGUUAAUAUGUGAAGAUACAUGUUUAUUGCAAAUACUGGUAAAGACUGCAUAAAAGUAAUAUAUCUGUGUGGGACCCUGUCAAAAUACUAGGGAGGCAGGUGAUCAGAGCACUGCACAGUUUGAGUGGGUGUCUUAAUGUCCCUAGAGGGUGGAGCUAUAACCCUUUAGGAAGAGAUGGUGCACUCCAGUGUGGUACAAAGCCAUAAACUAAAACUCAUUUACCACCUCGGCCUUUUCCCCACAGGUAGCACUGUCUUUUGAGGAACAACAAAAAUAAGCAACAAGUGGUUUGGCCAUGUCUAAGGAUCAUAGGAUAGUAGUCUGUCAUAAUAUAAAUGUCUCUCAUUGGGAAGCUGGGGAGUAACCUUAACCAGAAAUGGCUAGCAAUUGUAAGCGUCAACCUUUCUGCCCGUCACUGACAAGGGAACAAGGUUCAGGACAUUUUUAAAGAUGAGUACUGUGUUUCUUCAUGUGCUGGAAGCACCCCAGGGAAUCAUAAAGUAAAAGCUAGACCUUUUGACCUUCUGAGUGGGAAGAAAGAAAUAUGUGGAAAUGGAAGUUAAAAUAAAAAGGAGUGCUGAUGAAACUGA